GCAGAAGUUUCCUGAACCACACAUCCUCUCUUACUGUAGCAAAGGAAAGUUCAAAGGCUUUGAGUCGGGGGAGGGGAAAGAAAGUUGGUUUUGCCGAAAACAACAGAAACAGUGAGAGAUCUAUCUGCUGAGAGUGCACCACGAUCACUUAAAAAUAGCAUAAAAAGCCCAAACCCCAGAACCUCCCUGUUCGCGGUUCUGCUACAUGAUACAGACAAACAAACUUUGAUCUGAAAACCCAUCAAAAUACAAUCGCCACCAAGUCCAAAGUACAUUUCUUUUUCUAGUGUAUGCGAUACCCACGUAGAAAGAUAGCGAGGGAAGAGAAGGAGGGAGAACAGCAAUGGAAGAAGAGGGAGUGGAGGUGGUAUUGGCUAGAGCCAUAGAGUUGAGGUUGAAGAUUAGCAAUUGCAUCCACAAACCAAGCACCGGCAUCAACAAUACCAAUGGCAACUCUGUUUCGUCUAAGCAAAACAAACAAGAAAAAGAAUGUGUUGAAGAGCGUGUGAUUGUGAAGGGAGAGAAGGAAAAGAACCCUAAUUCUCAGUCUCUUAAUGGGGGGUCAUUGAGUGAAGAAGACAAAGAAGAUGAAGAGACUGAGAGGCUUUUUAUAAUCCGCGAUGCUCUUGAAUCCCUUGAGCACCAGCUCUCCAACCUGCAGGAUUUGCAGCAACAGCAACGUUAUGAGAAAGAAGUUGCCCUCAGCGAGAUUGAGCAGAGCCGCAAGAUGUUAUUGGAUAAGCUAAAGGAGUACGAAGGGGAAGAGUUGGAAAUAAUACAGGAAGCUUCUGCUUUUGUUGGUGAAACAGUGGAGCAUAACAAUGACCUUUUACUUCCACCUUAUCCAAGCCGUCCUCCACAGUCCCUUGUUGUUGACAAUCACUAUCUGCCACACUUUCCUUCCACACGCAAGUCUAUGUGGAAUGGGGUAAUCACUGGUGAAGCAAAGAAGAAUCUGAAUGAGUUGGAGAGAAAUAAGGCAGAGACUGUGUCCGAAAAUUCAAGCAGGGGGUUGAGACAUUUUGUUGGUGCAGCAGCUAAGACAGUGAUUACUCUUGUUGGUGUGAUAUCAGUGUUAAGCCUGUCUGGUGUUGGACCUGGUCUUGGGAAAAGAAGUAUACCUUUUAAGUUUGUGGGCUUGUUUCAGCAGCCAACAGCUAAAGAAAAGAGACACAAUGAAUGUCCACCCGGAAGAGUUCUUGUUAUGGAAGGUGAGGAAGCUCGAUGCGUUGUGAAAGAAAGGGUUGCAAUUCCUUUUGAAUCAUUGGUUGCAAAGCCAGAUGUAAACUAUGGCUGUGGUUAAUUUGGUAUUCAGAAUCUUCUUGCUUCUUUUUCUUGGUUUUCUUUUUGGUUUUUCCUUUCUAAUGCUUUUUUUUUGGUAGAUUCAUCUCCUAUCUGUUGUAUAUUUUGUUUUUUCAUUAUAAGGUAUGAAGAUUUUGAUUUAACAGCCUA